AUGUCAGGCAAUAAAGGAUUCAUGGACGACCAGCUGGCAGCAAUGCUUUUGCAGGAACAGAAAUUCUAUCGCUGUUCUGACUAUUUGGGAUCAUGCUCGUCUUCAACCGAACAUCCAGUUCCAAUAACUGUGUGCCCUUUGCAAAUUCUGAAUGAAAUGGCAAAUCUAGUGACUGACACUCAGCUUGUCCGAAUUGACUCAUCUUCCAAUUUUUCAAAAAGUGACAGCAAAUCUGAGGCAUCACCGACCACAGUUGUGCACGAUAUGUAUGAGUCUCCUCAUCACUCCAGACCACCACUAUCAAAACAACAGUCGCAACGAGACAAGUUUGAACUCUCACUGAUUGGCGCGUGGCGAAGUCAAAUGUUUGAUUGGAUUUGUCAGGUGGUCCGAUUCUCCCAGUUGAACAAGGGUGUUGUGGAAGUAUCAUUCAAUAUCUUGGAUCGGUUCUUGGUCAGCAAAGUACAGCACGACAACAUUUCUCGUGAAGAGUUUCGAUUAUACUGUUUGGCCUCGCUGCAUAUUGCCUUCAAGACGAGUGCCUCGGCAGGACGAUUGAGCAUGAAACAGUCACUGUCCAUGUCGGGAGGGUUCUAUCAAGUGGAAGAAAUCCAGGCCGCCGAGCUAGAGAUAUUGCAAAACCUACAGUGGCAUGUGAAUCCACCGACCAUAAUGGCCUUUUGUGAUCUCUACCUAAAACUUCACGAGACCCAGCUUUCCAAGAAAGUAUACAGCGCCUGUGAAUACAUGGCGGAAGUUGCUAUUGCCGAUGAGUUUUUCAUUUCCAAGCCUUGUUCGAGCAUUGCCUUGGCGAUUACUUUGUUGGUAACAAGGAAGGAAGGAAUCCGAUUCGCUUGGGCGCAAAAGCUGCUCCAAGAAUUGCGGGGACGAGUAUUUGUAGAAGGUGACGAGUUUGAAUCGAUCCUCCAGCAACUGGAGUGUCUAAUUUGA